AUGCCUUAAGUCCAACAUGGUUAAAACUAUCUAUAGAUGUCGGAGUUUUAUCCUCAAACUUGUGUUGUGACAUUUGUCGUGGUUUGUCAAACAAGCGUUGUUUUGGAAGUAAAUUUAAUAUUUAGUGGAGAAAUGGAGGACAGUUUGAUAAAACUUGUAAAGAGUCGUGAAGUGCUUUACAACAAAGCGCAUCAAAGAUACUUUGAUGCGAAGUAUAAGAAUGCAAUUUGGCGGGAAAUUGGGGACACUUUGAACCGAAGUCGCGACGAAGUGAAGAAGAGAUGGAAACAUCUACGGGGAACGUUUGUUAAGAAAAUGAAAAUAUCCCCCACAGGCAGUUCCCCGGAGUGCCAGUCAUGGCCAUACUUCGAAAGUAUGUUGUUUCUGAAGGCCUUCUUACGUCCUCGAAGGACCCAAUGUAGUGAAAUAUCAUUUGACGCUGACACUCUGAUCAGCCCCGUAAAGUAUGAAGAAGAAAUUCUGGAAAAGAACGAUUCUGUGUCUUCAAUAUAUGCUGAGAUGAUUGCCCCGCCCCCGCCGAAGAAAAAAAGCACGAUGUCAACAACUUUAGCUGCCAUUGAAAAUGCCGCUUUGGCCAUAAAGGAGAAAGUCCAAACCGAAGAUAAUGACUCCAUCAUUUAUAAAACCAUUGGAGUGCUCAUGGGCGAAAUUCCAGCGCACAACAGAGACGCAGCACGGGAGGAGCUAUUUAAUUUUGUAUUUGAAUUAAAGAGAAAGUAUUCUUAGUUCGAAAUAGACAAUAUAGCAAGUAAGUAAGAAGAUA